AGAUAGUGCAAACAAUUAAGAUCAAAACAGAAGGAGAGCUUUCAUUAAGUGUAACAUCAUAUUGAUUCUCGUGCUAUGGAGCUUCAAGAGAUGUUUCGUUAUGGCUAUAUGUAUCCACCUCGAGAGAACAAAGUUGGUUCGUGUACUUAUUUAGAAUUACCGAGCUACACGAGCUACACGAACAAAACAAAGUCAGGUUUGCCUCCAGUGAGCACUUUGACAGUACCACGUUGCGUAAUAUACGAAAGUUACAGAAAUGACGAUUGGCAUACACCAAGUCCUACCACAAGUUUACGAUCUGUUAGUCCUGCUACGACACUUUCUUCGGAAUCGGAGACUAAUGUAAUUGGUGCACCGUCCUAUCAUCUUUUGUCUGGAGCAACGGAUGACCAAAAAUAUACGAAUAAAAGAAUAACUAAUGGUACAGAUUGUAUCGUAGUUGGGAAAACGCGAUCGUCUCGUUUGGAUACUGUCGAACUUGGAGAAGAAUUAGAUGUGGAUGCUGAUGGAGAUAAUGAACAAGAUAAGGCACAAUCCUGUCAUGGAAGUGUCGUAAGCAAUUCUAGUAGUCUUUCGGAUCGAACAAUGGAUGCUGAUAGCGAGGACGACGAAGAAAUGAGCGAUGGUCCUGAUUCGGCUGGUAAUCCUACUUCUUCUGGACGUGACGCUAGAAGACGAGGCAAAUAUGUUAGUUCUACAACGGUUAGGAAACGAAGAUUAGCUGCUAACGCCAGAGAAAGAAGACGAAUGCAAAAUCUUAACAAAGCUUUUGACAGGCUUAGAGCUUAUUUACCUUCCCUUGGAAAUGAUAGACAAUUAUCUAAAUACGAGACUCUUCAGAUGGCACAAUCUUAUAUCACCGCACUUUACGAUCUUUUACAAUAACGAUCGUUUGACAGAAGUUUGCUUUGUCUCAAGCCACUUUUUGAAUCCUUAACAGAUUUGAUGUUUAUAAGAUCAAUCGAAUAAAUCGAUGCAUUUGUAGUGACAAAUAAAAAUAUCAGUAUUAUUUUGAACAAUAGGGUUACGAACGAUAACGCAUUGUUUUUAGAAAUGAGAUCACGUAAGAAAAAAAUCACGUGAGAGAGACCUUUCUA